ACUGAGCGUGCAAUGGAUGCUUUGAAUGAAAACCAGCCCAAAGGACUAUUUUUUUAAGUUCAGUAUAUAUCGGUGGACAGCAGGAUUAUUUGGGAUAUUGCGAGUGUCGGGUGAAAAGUGAUUUUACGGAUGCUGUUUAAAAUGUUGAGGAUAUUUCUCACCCUUGCUCUCCUGGCAGCUGUACAAUGUAGAUUUGGAGGUGGACUUCUUCAUUCUGAAUACUACUACGAGGGGGAAUCUGAAUCUGAAUCCAGCGAAUCUUCGAGCGAAUCCUCAAGUGAAACCUCGAGUGAACCCCCACCAUGUCCGUGUACCCCGCUCGACGUCGGCCAGUGUUGUGACGACUGUCAUUACUGUAAAGAUGAAAAUGCCAUAUGCGAAACAUACGGAUAUGGUAAAAUAUGCAUCUGCAAAGAUGGCUUCAUAUUCGACUAUGAAUGCAAGAAAUGCGUUCCUGAAACGACCAAGACUCCUCCGACGCCGCCACCGACCAUGACUCCGACGACGACGCCACCGCCGAAUGGUACAGAGCCACCUGGUCGGCCAUGUGGUCGGUCUGCCAACGACUGUAUAAGAUCAGAUGGAAUAAAGUGCGAGAAUGUCAUUUGCUGUGGUCAGGAUGGUUGGCCGAGUUGUGAUAAGAAGUUCUGUGUAUGCGAGACUGCAAAGGGCUAUAAAUAUGAUGAUGCCUUAGGGGGUUGCAAUUACACUGGUGAAAACCAACACGAACUAAGCAAAGAUUGCAAUAACUCCGCUGGAGAAAUGGCAAAUUUUGGAUAAGCGAUAAACUACAGUUAUAUCUAGUUACAUUAUGCCAGACAAAAGCCUUAAUUAGCUCUCUUAUAAACGACCUUGCACUCAAUUAAAUGCAUUGUUAGUGUCACCAGUUGCUUCGGAAAUUGUACUUUUAUUUUCAAUUAAUUUUCCAUAAGCUCUUCUGUCAUUUGCUCUAUUUAAAAAAAGGAUAACUACAAAAAAGAUCCGAAUAAUCGAUCAUGCGAGUCGCACCUUGAUAAGUCAGAGUCUUAUUCCGGAACACUGUGUACAUUGGAGUUCAACGGAAUUGAUCUCUGUGUACAUUGAAGUCGAAUGGGACUGAACUCUGUGUACAUUGAAGUCGAAUGGGACUGAACUCUGUGUACAUUGAAGUCGAAUGGGACUGAACUCUGUGUACAUUGAGGUCCAUUGGGAUUGAACUCUGUGUACAUUGAAGUCGAAUGGAAUUGAACUCUGUGUACAUUGAAGUCGAAUGGGAUUGAACUCUGUGUACAUUGAAGUCCAAUGGGAUUGAACUCUGUGUACAUUGAGGUCCAAUGGGAUUGAACUGUGUGUACAUUGAAGUCCAAUGGGAUUAAACUCUGUGUACAUUGAAGUCCAAUGGGAUUGAACUAUGUGUACAUUGAAGUCCAAUGGGAUUGAACUUUGUGUACAUUGAAGUCCAAUGGGAUUGAACUCUGUGUACAUUGAAGUCCAAUGGGAUUGAACUCUGUGUACAUUGAAGUCCAAUGGGAUUGAACUUUGUGUACAUUGAAGUCCAAUGGGAUUGAACUCUGUGUACAUUGAAGUCCAAUGGGAUUGAACUCUGUGUACAUUGAAGUCCGAUGGGAUUGAACUCUGUGUACAUUGAGGUCCAAUGGGAUUGAACAUUGAGGUCCAAUGGGAUUGAACUCUGUGUACAUUGAAGUCCAAUGGGAUUGAACUUUGUGUACAUUGACAUCACAUGCUAUUGAAGUUUGUGAACAUUGAUAUUCCAUGAGAUUGAAAUCAAUGUACAUUGAGGUUUUAUCUGAAUGAACUCUGUGUACAUUGAUAUCCCAUGAGAUUGUGUGUUCUUGUUUUUUGUUAUGGUUAUUUUGUAUGUGUGUGUUUUAGAAUGAAACGUGCUCUCUCUCAGUACAUGAUUGAGGAUGAACAUUUUUGCGUUGACCGUAACUAUGCACUGUCCACAUAUGAGGCUUGGAAUAUAAACAAUUCAUAGUGCAUACUAACGGCGUAAAUGUUUUCUAAUCUAUCAAAAUGACUGUAUGAGUUUGAGCAGCAUUUUUUUUUAUAUCUUCGGUGCAGGUUUAAUUAAUGUGAAUGUAAAUAGAGGUAAUUUUGCAAUCGUUCCAACUCGGCCAUCUCCGGCAAGCUUCAUGUUGGAUUAUGGCCGAGGUGUUCCGAUUGGUAGUUUUGUUGAUUUAUUUGACUUGAUUGACUUGUUGUUUUCUUCAAUAAAAUUGUAUUAGUUUAAAAUGACACAGUUGUUUGAUCACACGACCACAUUGUCAAAAUUACAAACACUCUACAGUCAAUUCAUUAUGUAAGGAAGUGAACUACAUUCGAAAAAUAAGAAAAAAAUAUGGAAAUAAUUAGGUCUAUAUGUAACUAGUUACCCUCAAUAGUACUAUGUAUCUAUGAUGAAUAAUCACGUUACUUUCAAAAUAACUAUGCAUAUUUAUGAUAAAAUGAUGCCACCCUCAAUAAUACUAUGCAUACCUAUGAUAAAUAAUAACGUUACUUUCAAAACAACUAUGCAUAUUUAUGAUAAAUAAUGAUGCCACCAUCAAUAGUGAUUUGCAUAUCAAUGAUAUAUAUUGAUAAGAUUGUGUACGUAAUGAUCAGUUGUUUAACAUGGACUGUUAAGAAUACUGUUGUUAACACGCAGAUGAUAUGUAUUGCAAUAUUAUUUUCCAAGUCUUCUUCUUACGCCGAUAUUUAAGCUAACACAUGUUGAACUACGUUGAACUACGUAUAGCGGUGUAUUUAGUUCUAUAGAAAACACAGUCAAAGAUCGCGUUGUUUGUUCUGAGUGUCCUCCGAGGCAAAUGUUUAUGAUACAAAACGACUAUAAAGAAAUAAAUACACCAAUAUACAUUUAACGUUGAAAUAAAUCAUUUGACGUGUCUUAUCGUACUUUAACUUAUUUAAAAGAAUAAAUAUAAGAAUAGAA